GGCACUUUUAUCAGGAAUCCAAAUGUUCACAAGUUUGUGUUUUAUUACCUACUGAUAUCUUUGAACUUCCCGAAUCGUAGCACUUAUUCCCGUAUCGGUAUCUUCAAAAGUACGUUAAUUCUCGCAUUGGUUUCAGUUAUGAAAUCACAGGAGCAGCGUCAACGUCGUGGUCUGCCUUCCAUCUUGAAUACUUUCUGUAAGUUACAACUCCAGGCAUAACCAGUAAGUGUUUUGGUUUGCGAAUUUUCUGAAGUGUUAAUUAUGGGCACAGUACUCAGUAUUUCGCACAGAAAGCGAAAACCCUUCAGCAGAGAUUACAGAAUAAAUCAGUUCGACCAACAACAAUUGAAUAAUGUCGGAUACGAAACAAAUGCUUUGGAACAAACCGUAAACAGCAACAUAAAUAACAACAAAACCAACGUAAAUUACCUGGUUAUUAAUGCUCUGCAUUGGAAAUACUUCAAUUCAUCUGGAAAGGAAAGUUCAGAUAAAAACAAAAACUUCACUUUUCGUCAUAAUCCGAACAAAAUGGAGUCUUUAGAGAGCAACAGAAAGAACAUCCAGAAAUCUCUAUCAUGUUACAAUAUUAAAACCACUCCUGUCAGCCCCGUCAACUUUUUUGUAAGAAAUAAUACACAACAGGAUAAGAAACUUUCUCAGAAAAACAGUACCCCUCCUUUUCCAUCCAAACUUACAAACGUUUUGACCACUUAUAACUCAAUUCGUCCCACAUAUCACAACGUGGUGUCAUCAACAAGACCAGCAUCAGUACAAUGGGUACAAAGAAGAACUGUUGUCCAAACAUCCACCUCAGAACAGCAUGGACACAACAUGGUGUCAUCAACAAGACCGGCAUCAGUACCUUGGGUACAAAGAAGAACUGUUGUCCAAACAUCCACCUCAGAACAGCAUGGACACAACAUGGUGUCAUCAACAAGACCAGCAUCAGUACCUUGGGUACAAAGAAGAACUGUUGUCCAAACAUCCACCUCAGAACAGCAUGGACACAACAUGGUGUCAUCAACAAGACCAGCAUCAGUACCUUGGGUACAAAGAAGAGCUAUUGUCCAA